AUGGCUUUCAGCGGAGCAAUCGACGUUGGGCGAGACUUCCAUGCUGACAUGACGCUGGGCUUAGGCUUGAGGAAAGAGCAAGUCAUCACCGUCAACAUUUCGGAAAUCAAUAUCUCGAAACUUCUUCGUCUGGCUGGUGAGAUGAUAGAAGUUCAAGGAUUGCAGACCAUGAAUGGAGGAGAAGACUUCCUAGUGUUCCGUCAGGUCAAAUUCCUGUUUUCUACUGGUGGCGUGAUACUUCAACAGCGCUAUGACAGAGGCAUACACGUUAGAGGUAUGAUGGAAUUCUUUGGCAAGAAGGGCGAAUUCGAUGGUCGAGUCUUCGAAGACGGAAUCAGGAUUAAGGGAGGCAUUGAUCAUUUCAACAUCGGUGGCCUUGAGAUUCAAUCAGCCAGGUCAAAGGGCAAGCGGGCCACCAUGGACAUCGAGAUGACGGGCGAAAAACAAAAGAUAUUUGUGGAUGGUAAAAUCAGCUUCCAUGCCAUUGAACUGAGCAUUAUAAUCGACGCAUAUCUCCAGAAGAGGCGCUUGGAAGCCGAAAUCUCGCUCAAGUUCACGGAAAGCAUCAUGUUGCGUCUAAAGGCGAAGGCUGAAGUUCCAAGCUCGCAGUCCUUGGAGGGUGUAGUCAUGGAGUUCUCGGCCGAACUAAAUCCUGAUAUAGUUGGAGCCUUCUUCAAGGCCAUUAACAACACUAUCGAGACGAUUGGGAAAAUGGCAUCGGACUUGAGCAAGAAUAUCAAGGAGGAUCUUCAGCGCCAGGUGUAUAAGAAACAAGCCGAUCUGGACAAAUUGAAGAUCGAACUGGAACUUCUCAAGCAGGAAGUCGAUCAAGAAGUAAAGGAUCGACAGGUCAAAAUUGAUCAAGAUACUCAGGAGAGAAAAGAGUUGGAAAAAGAGCUCGAUCGACUAGAGAAUGCAGUGGCAGAAGCCCAGGAGAAGAAAGAGGAUAACGAGAGCAAGAUCAAUGACCUUGAAUUGGAGAAAGAACAGAUCAAGCGGAGGUUCAACAAAAAAAUACGAAACAAACAGAAAGAUUAUGAGACCGAGCUGAAAGCUGCGCGUGAAAACGAGAAAAACUGCGACAAGGAAAAGAAGAGGUUGGAAGACAAGAAAAAUGCGUCCUUUGGCGAUAUCUUGAGGAGUAAAGAAGAGGCUGACAGGAGUUGGCAAUGGUGGGAAAGUAAGUCUGGAUUUUCCUCAAAUUGA